UCUCCCACUCAACAGAUACUUUCUGUUUCUUUCAAGCCAGUCUACGCUCGCUGCACUUAAGCUCCUUUUAGAAUAAACAAUUCAAAGCAUCCUUCUCCAUCCGUCCAUCUAACUCUGAUCCAAGUUAUGUCAAGCUUUCGUUCUCUGCGCAUCUCCAUCUUCACCACUAUUUUACUCGUUUCUUCUCCGUCGUCUACGUUCUCAUUUCGGGACGAGAUUCUUGUCCACCGUACAUCGGGAAAAUUAUUUGGGGGAGAUUGUGCGGCAGUUGUACCUUGGAGCAGAGCAGAACGGUUGUUAAUUGACGAUAUCAGUGAGCAACAGGUAAACUCCUCAUUUUCGUUGGCCGCAAAACGGACAUAUAGGAAAGAUCCUCUCAAUGAUUUCAAAAAGUACACGGGUGGCUGGAAUAUCAGCAAUCGCCAUUAUUGGGCUUCGGUGGCUUACACUGCUGUUCCUUUUUUCGUUAUCGCGGCAAUCUGGUUUGUGAUAUUUGGGCUCUGCUUAACUCUUAUCUGCUUCUACUACUGCUGUUGCCGAAGGGAGCCUUAUGGAUAUUCUCGCCUCGCUUAUGCACUCUCUCUAGUUUCCCUAAUUCUCUUCACCGUUGCCUCGAUCAUUGGGUGCGUGGUCUUAUACACUGGUCAGGGGAAAUAUCACAGCAGUACUAUAAAUACUUUGGAGUAUGUCGUACAGCAAGCGGAUGCUACCUCUGAGAGUCUGAACAAUGUGUCGGGAUAUCUUUCUUCGGCCAGGCAAAUCAAUGUGGAUCAAAUGUUUUUGCCUUCUAAUGUUCAAACAGACAUUGAUCAAAUUCAAAACAAGAUUAACUCUUCAGCUAGCACCCUUUCCAGUAAAACAGAAGGCAAUUCCAAAAAAAUCAAGAGUCUGAUUGAAAGCGUGAGGCUGGCCCUUAUCAUUCUCUCUGCGGGGAUGCUUCUUUUAACAUUUCUCGGGUUUGUGUUUUCAAUAUUUGGAAUGCAGUUUCUAGUGUACAUCUUGGUGAUUACUGGAUGGAUUCUUGUAACUGGGACAUUGGUACUAUGUGGCAUUUUUCUUCUACUUCACAAUGUAACUGGAGAUACCUGUGUGGCAAUGGAUCAAUGGGUUCAAAAUCCAACGGCUCAUACAGCACUAGAUGAUAUAUUGCCUUGUGUGGAUAAUGCUACUGCCCAAGAAACCUUAACAAAAAGCAAGGAAGUAACAUCCCAGUUGGUCACAUUAAUGAAUACAAUUGUCACUAAUGUCUCAAACAACAAUUUUCCCCCAAAUAGUGGACCAUUCUAUUUCAAUCAGUCUGGCCCGCUUGUGCCAACCCUCUGCAAUCCAUUCAAUUCUGAUCUGACAAAUAGAAUCUGUGCUCCAGGUGAAGUGACCCUGAGCAAUGCGACACAGGUAUGGAGCCGCUUUGUCUGUGAAACAUCGGGAAGCAGCAUCUGUGAAACAAUAGGUCGCCUGACGCCAGCCAUUUAUGGCCAGAUGGCUGCUGGUGUGAAUGUGAGCUAUGGUCUGUAUCGUUAUGGUCCAUUCCUUGUCAGUCUUGAAGAUUGUAGUUUUGUGAGAGAAACAUUCUCACAGAUAGAUGGAGCUUACUGUCCUGGGCUGAGAAGAUAUAGCAGAUGGAUUUACAUCGGACUGAUGAUGGUGGGUUCAGCAGUUAUGUUGUCACUGGUUUUCUGGGUGAUAUAUGGAAGAGAGAGGAGACACCGCGUGUACACAAAGGCCCACAUGCCACGAGGGGAGCAUGGUUUCGGAGCUUGCUUAAGCUUUGUCAAUGUUGAUAAUAUAUAUUAUUUUAUUAUUUUUUAUAUAAUUCGGGAUCAUUUUAAAAUAAAUUUAAUAUAUAUAAUUAAAAAAUAGAAUAUAUAUUUCAAU